ACCACCGUAAAACUUAGUUAAAAAAAAAGAGGUCCAAUGCAUGUCAAAAAUUGAAAUUUUCAAGAUUUUAUUAUUUUCUUAAAUAUUAAUAUAUAAGCUUAUAAAUAGACAUGGACUAUAGCAAGCGUCACACCACCACCGUAAAACUUAGUUAAAAAAAAAAGAGGUCCAAUGCAUGUCAAAAAUUGAAUUUUUCAAGAUUUUAUUAUUUUCUUAAAUAUUAAUAUAUAAGCUUAUAAAUAGACAUGGACUAUAGCAAGCGUCACACCACCACCGUAAAACUUAGUUAAAAAAAAAAUGAAUAGAGGUCAUUUUCCUUUUGUAAACUCCUCCUCUUCUUCUUCUGAGUCAUCUGAUGAAUUUGAUGAGUGGUUAGAAUAUGAGAAUGAAGCAAUGGAGAUUGAAGAACAAAUUGCAAUCAACAUGAUAGCAAGAAAUAACUAUGUAAUUCACCAGCUCCUCCUCAUCCAACAAAGCGAUCAGGAGGCAGAAAUGGCGGAAUCUCCUGUGCAUGUGAACCUGGUCCCGAUCGAAGCUACAUCCGAAAGCUUCGCAGAUUAUGGUCAAGUCAUCGAAGCCUCCUCAGAUGGUGAUCUCUUCGGUCCUAACGACGCUCAGUUAGAUCUCUCCAGAGGAACCCCACGUUUCUAUAUCAUGCGGCUCGAAGGUCGAUCCUUUGGCUUCUCAACGAUCACGCACCACGCGAACGUGACGCAGUGUUUGGGAUCUGUAGGAGGUCACGUUUGGUAUCUCGGCGUAGCGAAGCCAUCUCUUAUUGAAGAUGUUGGUGGAGAAAGAGGAACAAGAGUUGUAGAGUCAGGGUCCGAUGGUCACUUGUACGCGCCUCCUACGGUUGAAGAAGUGCGAGUCUUCAGGUUUUCAGGACCGAAGUUUGUUAAGCUGAACCGUGGUACGUGGCAUGAUGGGCCGUUCUUCAGUGACAGCUCCAUGGACUUCUACAACCUUGAGCUGAGCAACACAAAUGAGAUGGAUCACACGAGACAUAGUUUCAAGAAGAAGAAUGGGGUCAUCUUCCGGUUUGAGGAUAGCACAUCAUCCUAAAGUCAAAAAUCCUAUAAGAUGAUCAGUGUGGUUCUGUUUUCAUGUCUUUAUAAGCAAAUAAAAUGAGAAACGUUUUUCUUGUUGUA